GUUACAUGUGCAGGAGCUCUGAGCUUCAGUCACUCUGCUUAUGGGCACUCAGGACUAGGUGGCUGAAGAGUGAUUGGGGCAGGGGGAGAUCUGUACUGACGCGUCCACAUGGAGUCUAACACAGGAGCCAGAGUGCAGUAUGAUCGAUGGAACGAAGACAACAUCAACAUGGACGUGGAGGCAGGACAGUCCACGUUUGCCAGGAUGUACAGCCGUGUGUGUGGGGGCAGUGCUGGGGUCGCUGUGAAAGCUGCUGGAGCUCUCGCUGCUCUGCUCUCCCUCUACAUUCUGGGAUAUGUGACAGGAUUCUACGUGCACAAGUGUGGAGUAUAAGAAUCAGUUUAACAUCCUAUUCAUUUAGCUUAUUUAAAAUGUUAAACAUGUGUUUCUUAAGAUGUAAAUGAUGAAGACUUUUAGUUGAUGGAUUCUUUCCUUCCUACAGUUUA